AUGUAUCCAAUUCAAUCAUCAAAAUCUACUUCAUUAUCUAAAAUUAAUGAUAAUAUUAAAAGUAGGAAUAAUAAUGACAAUAAUGAUGGUGAUACUAUACUACCGAUAUGGUUCCAGAAUCUCCCAUUCGACCAUCCCAUUUUUCCAUUUCUAUCAAAAGCUUCUUCAUCGUUUGCUGAGCGAACAUUAUCAAAAAGUGUAUUACCAACACCACCGCCAUUAUCAUCUACAUUAUCAUUACCUUUGCUUCUUUCAACUGAUCCUCUUAUGUCAGCAAUACCAUUUCCCAUUACAUUAAUACGUGGUGAUAAACUUCAAACGAUCAACCUUCAAUUACAGUUAACUUCAAAUGAAACAGUGAUAAAUGAUAUCUUAUCAACGAGAGAACAUUGUGAUAAUGUCUUACUAUUAUGCUUCUCACGUGCUGGACGAUAUUUUCAUGUGGUAUUUUGCUCAGCGCCGGAUGGUUUCAAUAUCGGUGACCAAUUUAGUAUACCCGCAAAAUGGCAAUCACUAUGUAAAGCUGCAAAUAUUGAUGAAGCCAAUAUUCGAAAUGGAAUUGUUCUUCGCAAUAUUGAAUUUGGUGAAGAAAUAAUUAUUUGUGAUGAAUCUGAAGCAUUGCUACUUGAGCCAAGGAAAAUGGUUCAUAGUGAUGAGCCAAGCAAACAGUUGGAAAUAAUACAGCAUGAAUUAAUUGACACCGAGCACACUGGUGGCUAUAGAUGUGAUCGUUGUGGUAAAAUGUUUACUUAUGCAUAUUAUCGUGAGAAACAUCUCAAAUAUACACGUUGUGUUGAUCAAGGUGAUCGUAAAUUUCGUUGCUCCAUUUGUCCACGGUCAUUUGAGAAACGUGAUCGGUUAAGGAUUCAUGUAUUGCACGUUCAUGAAAAUCAUCGACCUCACGUAUGUUCCACGUGUGGCAAAUCAUUUUCUCAAUCAUCAAGUCUUAAUAAACACUUCCGAGUGCAUUCCGGUGAACGACCGUACAAGUGCAUUUUUUGCAGCAAAAGUUUUACAGCAAGCAGUAUCCUUCGUACGCAUAUACGGCAACAUAGUGGUGAAAAACCUUUUCAGUGUGCUAAUUGUGGUAAAUCAUUUGCAUCGCAUGCAGCACAUGAUAGCCACGUACGUCGAACUCAUCAACAACAACAGCAGCAACAACAACAACAACAACAACAACAACAGCAACAGCAGCAAUGUAGCAUUUAUCGUUGUCAAAUGUGUCAAAAAACAUUUGAACAUGAAUUACAUCUUAAUUUUCAUCAACAUUGUGUUCACUCGGUGACUAUUUCAUAA